CUCUGUCAUAUCCAUAACUACAGCACACCGAAAAGGCAGGAGGAAAGAAGAGGAAGGAGGAGGAGAUAAGGAGGUGGAAAGGGAGGAGAAGGAGAGGAGGAAAGAAGGCAGAGAAAGACACGACUCUGUCAAAAGGACACCAGGGGACAGAAGUGCAAGAGGAGGACAAGCAGAAAGGGAAGACGGCCGAGGGAGGCGGGUUGCUGCAGACAUGUCAGACGCACCUUUGCAAAGGAACGGCAGUGCCAAAGCCCCGAUGUCGUGUGAGGAGGCUCAGCUCCACAAAGAGAGGCUGCAGGCCCUGGCGGAGAAACGCAAACGACAAACUGAAAUUGAGGAAAAAAGAAGUAAGCUUGAUGAACUGGUGCUGCAGCUUCAGCAUGUUAAGUCCAAAGCAAUGCGUGAGCGAUGGCUUCUCCAGGGAAUGGGGGCAGAGGAAGAGGCAGCACGACGGAAACAGCUGGAACACGAUGAAGAAAAAGGGAAGAAGCUGGAAGACAUGAUACAAAGGCUGGAGUCUGAGAUCGGUGCACUUGAGAGUGAAGAGUCUCUUAUUUCUGCCAAAGAGCAAGUUCUCCGCGAGCGUCUAAAAGAGACCGAACGCUCCAUAGAAGAUCUGCAGAAGAGCUUGAUGACCCAAGAUAAAGAUGCUGCCAGCCGAAUGUCCGCCCCUAUCCCGGACCACACAGAUCCUGACCCCAACCACCUAGACCUGGCUGCUUAUCUCCAAAGCAGACGACCAGCCUCUGGAGAGCACACCACAUCAAGACCUGCAAUGUUCGCCAUGGAGAUCAACGUGCAGCACGACCCGCACACAGGCGAGCAACGCAUCCUUUCGGCUAAUCGUGUCAGCCCAUUGGAGGCGGCCUCACGUGGGGUUAAGGUCUACGACGACGGUAGGAAGGUGGUCUAUGAGGUCACCUCCUCUGGGGGCGUCUCCACCAGCAGCAUGGAGAACGGCUGGAGCUCUGCACAGGUUGAUGAGUUGGUCCAGCGGGCUGCCAGGCCGUCACACGCAGGAGUGGGGACAGACGGCAGGAGGGGUCAGGUGACUGUGACCCCAGCUGCUCCUCAAGCUUACGUUUCCCCUGCAGAUAUUGAUGAUCUGUCACCGCCCUCCUGUGCCCCACCAUCCAUUCCUUCUAGCCCACCAGCCCAGGUCACUCUCCAAAGGGAAACCCGGCUGGGCAUGAUGCCCCCUUCAUCUGCUCCAAUCACGUCCCAACCGGGUUCCUCAGCCCCAAAUGAGCUCAGCUCCUUACCCCCGGCCAGCACAGAGCACCCUGUCACCAUGGUGUUCCUUGGCUACCAGGACGUUGAGGACACAAGUGAGAGCAGGAGGCUGCUCGGGUUUGACGGUGCUGUGAAGGCCGAGGUUGUGCUCAUUGACGAAGAUGACGAGAAAUCUCUGAGGGAGAAGACGGUCACCGACAUCUCCAUCAUCGACGGCACCGCCGCAGACCUGGUGUCUGGACGGCCGGCCACAUCCGAGGCAGUCAGCACGGAACUGUCAUCUGACGGGCGUGAGCCAGACAGCGCCUCAUCGCCCCCUGCAAACCAGGAGGAAAACAUAGCCCCACCACCCAGCCUCACCCCCGCCACAGGCUUCAACCAAGAGGUUACCAUUAUGAGAGCAAAUGGCUUUGAAGGCCCAUUUCCAAGGAUAGAGCAUCAAGCUGCCAUGACACAGAACCCAUGGCGGGCAGCAGAGGUUUCCACUGACGCUUUACCAAGAGAUCGAGCUGUGAAGAGCGUCAGUUUCCAAGAAUCAGUCAGCUUUAUCACUGACAGGCCUGCAAACAUGGAGCUGGAGAGCCAGCAGAUCCAACACUGCUGCCUGAGAGGCCCCAGUAACCAAGGUGUGAAAGCAGAGACCCCAGAGAGCGAAGUGGUGCAGGAGAUCUGCUACCUGGACCAGGUGCUGGACGCAGCUUCAGAGACAUCCACCAAUGGAAACCCAUCACCAUCAGAGCGCACAAAACCCAUCAGCAUGAAUGGAACCUCUCCUUCUGUCCGUGUGUCUGACCAUCACCAAUCGUUUUAUGGGGAAGACCAAACGGCGAGCACAUUCCCCCGUCAGGAGUCUGCCAUAAGAACCAACGGUCACGCGCAGGGAGAUGAGUCGGGAUGCAGUGCGGCGAAGUUUGAGCUGCGAGCGUUUCAGGAGGAGAGACGGCCGGCAAAACUUUUCACGCCUGGAGAGGAGCAGCAAGUCAGGGUGACAAGGAGACGACCCUCAGAGGAGGUUCAGGAGUUGGAGCGCGAGCGACAGGAGCUGAUCAAGGACCAGGCAGUGAGGAAGAACCCCGGCAUCGCACAGCGCUGGUGGAACCCUCCUCAGGAGGUCCCCUUGGAAGAACAGCUGGACGGAGAGAAGCUGGAAUCUCUAAAGAAAUACCAGGAGAGAAAACAGCGGAAACACAAUCCUCCCUAUGCAUACGCUCAGCCCCAGUUGUCAGGACCACCGACCAUGAUGACCUUUGACCCUGAUGUAACCAGGAAGGAGGACAUUGUGGAGGAGCAGAUUGAUUUCUCAUCUGCCAGGAAGCAGUUUCUGCAGGAAGAGGCUGCCAAGAAGAACCGAACUCCUCAGCUGUACUCUGCCAAACCCUUUUCUAAAUCCGGAACAGGGAACAGCCCGGGGAGCGGCGACGUUGUUGUAGAAGCUGGAGAGACUCGUGUGACGUGGUCUGAUGAGGGCGUUGUUGGAGAAUUCACCUGCGCUCGAGCCGUGAUGACGAUCCUUCCAGAUCAGGAAGAAGGAAAAGAUCAUUUUCACCAACCGUUUCACCCAGAAGAGUUUGACUCGGGGUUGGACGAGCUGUCUGUCCGCUCCCAGGAUACGACUCUCUUCAGUUUGGAUAAUGUUUCAGACAGCGGGGCUUCUCUACCCCCCACUCCGUUACCACUUACCCCGGUGUCGCCCCCCACCCCUCAGCCCACUACUCCAGUAAAUGGCCGGAGCAGCGGAAGCCCCAAUGAAGAGGAGCUGGAGUACCAUGCCGGGGUACUCGUCCAAAACGCCAUCCAGAGCGCCCUCGCCUCUCAGAACUUAGGAGAAACGCCUGAGCUGAGCGGCUCCCAGCUGAGCGCCCCGGUGUCGCCGACCUCUGCCUCUACCGGCAGCCCAGUGCCCGUCUCAUCCUCACCUGUGUCUUCUACUGGAGCUCCCAGCUUCCAGUCGCCUGUUUCCUCCAGUCCUGCGCCAUCCAACCCGUCCCCUCAGCCUGACACGCAGUCAGGGGAUCGAGUCGAACCGAAAACAGAUCAGGCUGAGCAGUUGUCCGGUCCAUCUCCCAUUUCACACCUCCAGACUCCCUCUCCUCCUCCAUCACAGCCUGUUUCUCCUCCUCAGAGGCCUAGAAACGGAGGCCCGAGGAUUAAAAUCCAGUCGUCCUACACACGAGCUCUUGCCUCCUCAGCUCCAGCUCCUGCUCCUGUCCCCGCUGCAGCCGCCGCCGCCGUUCCGAGGCCGCCCCCCGUCUACCGUCCCCCUUCUCCUCCGAGCCCAGAGAAGCCAGAGUUCAGCUAUUUCAGUAAAUACUCGGAGGCGGCGGAACUGCGCAGCACAGCAGCAGCAAGUCGAGGCCCCGAGGUCGAAGCGGCCCAAGGCCCGUUCCGCCUGCGCUCCAAAAAGCAGAAAACUCUGUCCAUGAUUGAAGAGGAGAUCCGAGCUGCUCAGCAGAGAGAGGAAGAGCUGAAGAAGCAGCGGGAGGCUCAGCCCGCUGUCGCCAAGCGGCCCAGCAGCAUUUCCAGCAACAGUCAGGGAUCUGUGAGGGCAGGAGUGAGGCAUUGCACCGUUUCACCCGCAGACAAGAUGAAGAGCAACAGCCUGCCUGCCAGACUGACGCUGACAGCGAGGACAGCACCAGGAAAAAUUGAGAAGGUUCGGCCAGCACCACCUGUCUCCCCCUCCCCCUCGGAAGGCGCUCUGUCCGACGCUGGCAGCGAAGAUUCCUGUGGCUCACGACCCAAAAACCUGAUGCAGACGCUUCUGGAAGAUUAUGAAACGCACAAGGUGAAAAGAAAAGAAAAGAUGGAGGACAACAGUUAUGCACAUUUGUUGCGGGCUAAUGAGGUAACCACUGAGGUUCUGGAGGCCACCAGAGUCACCCGGAGAAAAAGCAACAUGGCGCUCAAGUGGGAGGCAGGUAUCUAUGCCAACGAGGAUGGAGAGGAGGAAGAAGAAGAGGAAGAAGAGGAGGAGGAGGAGGAGUGAAGAACUUAUUUCAGAGACAAUGAAGUCAGAGAGAUGGUGGAGAGACGAGGAUGAUGGGAAAAAGAGUGGAGAACUAACCAGUAUUUAUUGUGCUAACAGUAUCCUGAUGAUCACAUGAUGCUAAUUAAGGUGCAUCAGUUUGGAGACCUGAGGAUUGAAGGUGGAACUGUGAGGUUGAUAUUUGAAGACAUUUUUGAAGGAUUUUAAUGUUGGUUUGAUGAUAAGGUUUUUUUAUCUAUCCGCAGUUCUAUUAUUAAACUACAAGAUGUAAAGAAUGUUGUUUUUUUCGGAGUUUCUGAAAGGACCUAAAGUUGUAUUAGAGACACCGAGGUCUCAGCAGGAAGUAGAAAGAUGAAGCCAAGUGAAAGCACCAACAUAGCUUUCAAAGUUUGCAACAUAUUUGAUCUUUUUUGUAAAGCUGCAGAAGGACCGCAGUGUCUUUAAGGAACUGAACCAAAGGGCGCCAAUAAAGCUCAAAACCCAUAUUAUUUUAUGAUGCACAAACAUGUGAAAUGUUGCUUGGAGCUUCUACACUUGUUUAAGCAUCUCUAUUAAAUUGUAAGUGCCGGAUCGACAGCAUCCCUGGAUUGUUAAGUAAAUCUGCAAAAAAUAGAAAAACUAACUUUGCCUUAGACUGUCAGUAGUUGCUGCAGCAUAUGGUGUAUUUUAUGCUCUUCUAUCUGUAUUGCUACACCUUCAGUAGGAUGUAGAAAGACGAUUUAACCACAUCGGACUGAAAGUUUGUCUAUAAUAUUUUAAUUUCACCGGCUUUAAAGAUUUAAGGUGUUUGUUUUAUACUCUAAAAAUCACUUUUUUUCUGCUUUGUCGACCUGUGCUUUCAGAUGUAAGCAGUUGUUUCAUGUAUUAUAACAAGGUGUAUUUGAUGAGUGAAAAUGAGGCUGAGGGUAAAAUUUCUCAGAAUACUAAAAAAGGUUUUGUAUAAAAAGGUUGAUAAAGACGAAUUUUUUUUUCAGGAAAAAAAGGUUUUAAAUCUAUUUAAGAAGUACUGAUGGCGUGCAUGAAUUUGCAAGAGUGGCAGAAGGAAGUGAUGUUACGGAAAAGACGACAGACUUUUUUUUAGCUGGAUGAUUGGACAUUAGCAGCAAUAGGUGGGGGAGGGGGUGCUCUCGUACUUAAUGAUCCAUACAGCAGGAGAACAAUCCAACCUGUUUUGAUUUAAAGCAGUAGAGUUUAGUGCUAUGAUACGACUUGAUGUGUUGGAAAGAGUGAUGAAAAGAACUUUGAGAAGCUUUAUAAAAUGUCAAAAUGCCUCCAGGAAAAUCAUUUCUAUUUAGUAGGUUUUGCAUUAAAAGCCUUUGAGAUUAUUUUGUCCGCCGUAGAAGAGAUGAAGAUAAAACGAUUUCUUUAAACCAAAGGCCGCCAAACUAAAUCGGCACCUAAACCUUAAUACACUCCUGCAAGAGCUACUGUAGGAUUUAUACUAGCAGUUUAUUGUUUUAGCUCCAUUGGAGGGUGAAACAAAGGAUCUGCCACUAUAUCAAGAUUUCAUUUUACAUCUGUGAAGGAAUAAUGUCUUUUUUCCCAUUUAGUUGGAGGUGACAUCAGUGCAGCGUUAAAAAGAAACUAAAAGACGAGUAAGAAAACAAAUGUGGUCAAACCUGUUUUCCACUCCUAAUUUCAACUGCUGUUACAGUAGUUUCUUUCCUCGCCGUCUGCUUUUCCGUCUUUUAUACAAACGUUUAGUAGCUAUAAAAUAAAAUCACUGCAGAGCAUUUUUUUAUGAGGUUAAAUAACAUUGUAAUCAAUGAGAAUCAUAAACAAGAGUUACUUAGUCUAAAUCCUGUUCCUGAAAUGCAUAAAUUUGCUUUUAUUCACCAUCCUCCGUAUCACACCCACAGUUGUAGCACUGUGCGAUUUAUAUACUAAUCAUAUAAUGCUUUUUAUGUUUAAACAGAAGGUGCAAAUAUGAUUUUAUCAUUUUAAAGGAUCCGUUUUCUCCCUUUAGAAGCUCGAGCGGUGUGACGCCGUCUCUGUGUUUGAUCAAACCAGUAAUGUUUUUACAAAAUAUACAGCAUAACCUCUGUUCCUAUGUUAACCACUUGUAUGCUCAUAAUCUGCUUGGUUAUUUUAUAGCACAUGUAAGACUCAAUAUACUCACAUGUUAUGGAUAUUUUCUCAUUAAACAUAAAA